AUGGAUGACGCUUUUCAUCUCAAACAGGCCGUUCUCGCCCUGGCGAGCGAGCUGGAUCUGCCAGCUCUCGAAGACUUGGACGGCCUGGGCGAAGAGGAACUGCCUUGUCGCGAUGUAGCCGCCAACAUUCAUUUCGCCUCGGCGCCUUCUCGCUCCGCCGAAAUUCGCAAACUCUUUUCCAAUGGCACUCGUCGAGUGCUCAACAUUACCAACCUGCUUCGUCAUCUCUUCCGCAAACGAGAGGGCGUGUUUCGGCGCGCUGGAUCCGCCAUUCGCGUCAGUGCGCUUCGUCAGCUUCACGAUGCCCAGCUCUUCUACUUGGCUGGCAUUGACAUAGCCCACUGCCUUGAGCUUGAGGAGUCAUCCAUCACCACCAAUACGCCUACGCUGGAGACAACCGACAUUACCAUUCACGACUGGAUUGCCCUUCUCAAAGCACGGCUCCGUGACCAUCUGGCCAAUGCCUUGCACACCACAUCCCUCGACCUCCUACAGGAGCUUGCCGCUCGCUCCCGUGAAGAGCGCUAUCGACGCGCUCUCCCGAUUGUGCUGGCCCUCAUGCCACAUUCCUGUUCGUUGCCUACCCGAGACCCCUCAUCCCCUGAGCCGAGGCGCGACUCGACGCUCAUGUGCAAAAACACUGCUCUUGCUCAUGCUCGCAGGGUUUUGCAUUGUCUCUGGCCUUGUCCGUCUCUGCCAUCGCAUUGGCCAAUACGGUGUGUCUCCGUGUUGGCCUGUACCGUACCAGCCUGUCUCCCUCCAGGCCGUAUGCUUACCUUUUGCAAUUUGGGAAUCCUAGCGGAGCACAAUAAGAUGACAUACGAGAAUCUAGCACGCUGCAUUGCGCCCUCCUUGUUGCCUCCGGUACCAGACAGCACGCUGCAUGCUCAAAUUCAAAGGCGUAUCGAGUCCUUGGUGGCCUGUGAGGAAACGCCCAGCGAGGACAGCCUCGAGUUUACACCUGCUCCGUAUCGAGGAGCGCACUAUCGUGAGACGUGUGCCAAGCUGAGUCGAGAGGAGCAAUCCGUGACAGAGCUCUGGCGCGAGUAUCUCGAUGCUUUGAGCAACAGCGAAGACACGCAGGCGGCACGCGCCAAGUUGCAGAAUGCUCGCACCAUGGCUACCCGCUUCUUGCAGAUGCUCGAGUAUGUGGAUGGCGAGUUUGCCGAGUACAAGCAACGAAUGUAUGAGCUCUUGGACGUCAUGCGAGACGCAGAUCCUGGUGGCAAUCGCCGCGGCUUUAUGGCUCGCAUCAUGACGCCACGUCGCCGCCACACCCACUCGGCCGUGCAGUCUGCGACAGCAACACCAGGUUUACCGGUUGCAUCCGGAGCCUCCGUUGGGCCCCAUGCCGAUUUGGUUGAACGGCUGACUGCACGAACACCAGCACUCUACCGUCAACGUCCACGCCGUAGCACGGAACCCGCGUUGAUGCUGAGCAGUGGACGGCGGCCUUUGCAACACCCUCGUCACACCCGGGCUGCACCACCGGUUCUCAACCUCUCCAUCGAAGAUGGAGACAUGAGCAUGGUCGGCCCUGGUCUUGAUGUGCCAUCGUCCGUCCUGGACUCGCCAAGCUGUGUGAAUGGAACUCACCCCCGGCCCUUGCGUCGCCAGUCGGGCUUGAAUCGCCAAUCGCGUGGCCGGCGUUCGGCACGACAACUGGCCACACGGCCGGACGCCUCAAACGUGGCCCCACCGACCAAACUUGAGAAACGAUCGAGCGACCCAGUCUUGGCCCACGCGCGACCACCCCCAACCUAUACGACCGCUGUUGAGCGCUCAACUGAGAGCAGUCUUAGUGCCAGCUCGCAUCAAAGCGUCAAGUCAGUCUCCAGCAAGGGCUCGGCCCGUGUGGUGCCGUUGAGUCAAAAUGGGCGCAAAGCCACAUUGGUUUGA